GGAGCGAGUCGCAGUGUGCUCUUUUUCUCUCUUACGGGUCUCAGUCUGUGCACCCCCUUCAGUUACCCUCAACGGCGACGGUCAUGGCAACGGUAACGGCUACACGUCGGCGCCGUGCAGAUUCGUUCCAGGCCGCCACCUCCUUUCAAAUACACGAGGAUGCCCCCUCGACCGAGGAUACCGAGAUGAACGAGAGCGCACUGCAGCACCCCGACGACGAUGCCACUAACCAGGACGGCGGCGGGCCGGGAGACGAGGAUGGCCAGGACUCGGAGUACGUGGAGAGCUCAGAAGAGGACGGGCCGGACGACAGCCACAUCCAGCAGGACAUGGAGAAGCUGCAGAACUGUUUUAGCGGCUUCCGGCAAAAGUACCGGUUGAUCAAGCGGAUUGGCGAAGGCACAUUUUCGACCGUCUACAAGGCCGAGGACCUGCUGUACGACAGUUACGACAACUCGUGGGACUUGGACAGGGACACAGAGAAGUGGUCGCCACCGCCGCUGCGUAGCUUCGCGAGCCAGUCGAGCGCCACGCUCGAUUACCAGUCGCAACCGCAACCGCAACCGCAGCGGCGUCGCAAACCAAAGUAUGUCGCCAUCAAGAAGAUCUACGUCACGUCCUCGCCGAGCCGCAUCCUGAACGAGCUCGAGCUGCUCCACGACCUGCGGGGCUGCGAGUCGGUCUGUCCGCUGAUCACAGCGUUCCGCUGGACGGACCAGGUGGUCGCCGUCCUCCCCUACUUCCGCCAUGCCGACUUCCGCGACUACUUCCGCAACAUGACGAUCCCCGACAUCGCCAUCUACUUGCGGUCGCUCUUCACGGCGCUGGCGAGCGUGCACAGGCACCGCAUCCUGCAUCGCGACAUCAAGCCGACAAACUUCCUCUACGACCCGGCCUCGCGCCGGGGGGUGCUGGUCGAUUUCGGCUUGGCCGAGCGCGAGGGCUACGACUGCAAGCCGUGUGUCUGCCACGACGACCCGGCGGUGCGCAAGGCGAGGCUACGGCCACUGCUCAGCAGCACGCUGAAACCCGGCUAUCCGCGGGAGGACACGCGCCCGUCGCGGCGGGCGAACCGGGCUGGCACGCGCGGCUUCCGCGCGCCCGAGGUGCUGUUUAAAUGCACGGAGCAGUCGACCAAGAUCGACAUCUGGAGCGUCGGCGUCAUCCUGCUGACGAUCCUGUCGCGCCGGUUCCCCUUCUUCAACUCGGCCGACGACAUCGAGGCGAUGAUCGAGAUUGCCACCAUUUUCGGGCAGCGAAGGAUGCAGACUGCCGCGCUGCUGCACGGCUGCAUGCUCGAGACGUCGAUCCCCACGAUCGGCAAGUCCGGGUUCAGCCUCCAGGGGAUCAUCCUGUGGAGCACCGGCCGCAGCGAGAAGCACGAGGUGCCCGCGGACGAGAAGCUGGCUAUCGAGUUUCUUUCGCGAUGCAUGGAGCUGGACCCGAGCAAGCGGAUUAGCGCCGAGGAGGCGCUGGAGCACGAGUUCUUACGCCUUGGGAUGGACCAAUCGGUGGAAGGGACAAGCGAGGCCGGGGACGACGACGAGAUGGACAUUUUGAGGGUUUGAGAGAGCAGCAUUUGUGGAGUUUGGUGUUUGCACGGGUUGUGCUGUACGACUACGGUUUAGUUGUGUUGUGGGAUUAGGCGUCCGGCAGCCACCAGCAUUAGUGAUAUCCCAGCAUCUGAUGUGUCUUACCCUGAGCCCCUUUUUGAGGAUGCAGAUGUCCACAGUCAGGAAAGUUGGGGCUCACGUGAUCGUGUGACUGUAAACCUUCGGACCAGUGAAGCGCCGUCGCAUC